CACUGCCAAGGUCCUAAAGCAAGCAUCGGCCAAUGGAGAUGCAUGCAGCCUCGCCUUUGGGUGGCUUGGAGGACUAUCUACAUGGCCUUCUCAGAGCUUUGCCCCACACUCUUGCUUGCAUCGAUGACUUCUACUAUGAAGAGGACAUUGACGCAGACCAGGGCCAGCUGUGGCGCGAGCGCUCGGAAGCGCAGGCCCCGGAUCAGACCGAGUCGAAGGCGCCAGAUGAGAGCCACGUGGAUGAGUCGCCACAUGCAGCACCUGCAGCACAUGGCGCACUGCCAGGUGAGCUUGCAGCGAUGCCAAUCGACGCUCCAGACCAGAGCCAAGUGGUCGAGUCGCCACGUGCGCCUGGCAGACAACUGGAUGAGCUUGCAGCGGAGCUGGUUCCGGUCGAGGCUCCAGACCAGAGCCACGUGGUCGAGUCGCCCCGCGCGCCUGGCAAACAGCUGGAUGAGCUUGCUGCGGAGCUGGUGCCGGUCGAGGCUCCAGACCAGAGCCACGUGGUCGAGUCGCCUCGCGCGCCUGGCAGACAGCUGGAUGAGCUAGCAGCAGAGCUGCUGCUGGUCGACGCUCCAGACCAGAGCCACGCGGUUGAGUCGCCCCGUGCGCCUGGCACACAGCUGGAUGAGCUAGCAGCAGAGCUGCUGCUGGUCGAUGCUCCAGACCAGAGCCACGUGGUUGAGUCGCCCCGCACGCCUGGCAGACAGCUGGAUGAGCUUGCUGCGGAGCUGGUGCCGGUCGAGGCUCCAGACCAGAGCCACGCGGUUGAGUCGCCCCGUGCGCCUGGCACACAGCUGGAUGAGCUAGCAGCAGAGCUGCUGCUGGUCGAUGCUGCAGACCAGAGCCACGUGGUUGAGUCGCCACGUGCGCCUGGCAGACAGCUGGAUGAGCUUGCUGCGGAGCUGGUGCCCGUCGAGGCUGUGACGGCAGCCUGCCACGCAGUCAGGUCCGCGGCUCUACGCUACCACAAGUCUCCUCAGAAGCUGCCGAGUGGACAGGUGGACAAGUCAGACUCAGCUUCGAGAGCUUGCAGAUUGACGGGCCGGGCUGCGCCGGAGCGCCUCUGGGAGAAGCCCUGGCCCUCCGGCCGCGCCAAUCUUCACGAACCUCGGGUAGGAGGUGCUGCCAUUGGGCGGGAGGUGCCCAAGCGAAUCGCAGCAAAGUUGCCGGCCAGAGUGGCUUGCGAGCACCAGGCCUGGGGUCUUCACCGGGUCUUCCCGGAAUGCGGGCACGUGCCGAUGAUGGCGAUGCUACCUGCAUAUGCACAGCCCUCCCGGGAUCGAGAUCGUCGAGGCUUCGCUGGCCCAAGAUCAGCUUCGACAAGCAGAUGCCAAGGAGCCUCCGCAAGACUGCAGCUUCCACCGCUGAGUGUCCGCGAGGGCCGGGGCGCUUCGACCACCCCUGGCUUCUGCCUUCGGCGCAGGGCCUUCGACGCCUGAGGCUAGAUGUUCCAGAGCUUCAGCGAAGUUCCGCAUGCCGCCACGUCAGCACAAAUCCUGGCUUCCUUUCAACAUAACAUAGCCAC